GCUUAAACCCUUCUUCUUUAGUGUUCAUUCCUUACUGCCUUAAACCCCUUUAGCAAUGGCAAUGGCAAUGAGAACAUCCACAGCGGCUGUGAAGGUUGGACCCUGUUCCCUAAGAAGCCUAUUUUCUACCUUAGGAUCCUCAACGUUUCCUUUUAACUCUUCGCCGACCGAUCAAUCCACCAAACCUCCUUCAGCGGAGCCAUCUACCAAUCUCUUUGUCUCAGGGCUUAGCAAACGAACCACUUCAGAAGGACUGAAAGAAGCCUUUGCCAAAUUCGGCGAAGUAGUCUAUGGCCGUGUAGUGACUGAUAGAGUGUCGGGUUUCUCCAAAGGGUUUGGGUUUGUUCAAUAUCAAACACUCGAAGAAGCUUCAGCAGGAUUACAAGGCAUGGAUGGAAAGUUCUUGGAUGGAUGGGUUAUAUUUGCUGAGUAUGCCAGACCAAGGACUCCAUUGCCUUCAGUUGGGAAUAAUACUGGAUAUUCAUACAGGACAUCAAAUGGACAGCAGUAAAAGGCUAUUUCUUUCAGUAUAAUGCUAAUUCUUAGCAUAUAUUUCUAUCUAUUUAUCAAAUUAUAAAUGUUAUGUUUUUGAAUGAUUCCGUGAAUGAAUUGAAGUUUAACUGUUUCAGAUUAUAUAUAGAAAUUUAUAACCCAUUG